AUGACUGUAUAUAACAACGAACUAGAUAUUGAUAGCUCUGACGAACGGGAUACUGAGUCGGACUUGGAAUUGCCUAAUAUUAUCGACAUAGAAGGAUAUAGUUUAGCACGUCAAAAGAUGGAAAGGAAACGUCUGUUUCGUUCAAAGAAACAACGCAGUAAGGAACACAAAGAAGGAAAGAAACCGCAAAUUGAUUUUAUUAAAAAUCCAAUCUUUACCGAUGACAAGAACUGUGAAAUCUUCAAGGAACUUGAAACAAGAGCACGCGAAGCCGUAAACAACAAAAAGAUUUUCACAAUAAUUGGUGGAUAUGAUAUCAUAAGACAAAGUUUGAUUGAAAGGGGGUGGAUAGAGAAGUUGCUUGAUAUUGAGGCAAAUAAAUGUACCGUAAAUGAAAAGCUGAUAAGUGAAACAGUUUGUGAUUAUGAUGCUAGACGUAUAGUUUUGUCACAUCUUGUCAAGUCAAGUCCAACAUAUUUUAUUUGGCAACCAAAACAUUUUGAUGGAAUUUCAUAUAAAGGAAGUAAUCCUUAUAGAAAUCGCAUCAAUCGGAUGAGGACAUUUGAUUAUACUGUUAAGGAAGGGCUGCAUAAUAUAACUGAGAAUAUUCAAUGGCACAUAAUUGAGGAUUUAACAGAACUUAAUUAUCCACGUUCCUAUCUCUUAAUGGAUCCAUACCAACGUGAAUACUUUCAACAAGAAUUCAGACGUUCUUUAAUUGCAAGCUUCAUAUUAUUUGUUAAUGAUAACUUCGAUAAUGUUUUUAGUGACUCAGCACCAAUAUCCAGUGAAGUAGUUUUCAUAUCCUUAAGCAGAAUGGAGAAAUACAUAAAGAUCAAGCAAGACUUGUAUAUUGGAUUCGAUAAAUUACCACAUAGUGUUACAUUUACUGAAUUAAUGAAGGAUGUCCAUCAAGUGAUUUAUCAAGAAAAGAAAAUUAAAUUUCCUGAAUUCUACGAUGAAGUUUCCAUGGUCAAAUUAAAGACAAAUAUUCAGCUCAUGGCAACAGAUAUAAAUAUAUAUUGGCCUGAAUCUAAAUAUGAUGGACAUUACAAUAUUUGGAUUUUAAAGCCAAUUAAUCGUUCGAGAGGAUUUGGAGUGCUUCUAUUUAAGGAGAUUGAGAAGCUAUUUGAGCAUGUAUUGAAACAUACUGAAAAUAAAUACAUUGUUCAGAAGUAUGUCGAACGUCCAUUGCUAGUCCACAACACAAAGUUCGACAUUCGUCAAUAUUUUCUCACAGUCGUCACUAAAAAUAGUGUUAACAUUUGGUGCUAUAAGGACUGCUACAUAAAAUUUUCAUCACAAGAAUUUUCAUUAAAAAAUUUACAUGAAUCCGUUCAUUUAACCAAUAACUCAAUCCAAAGAUUUUAUGCAAAUGGUGAGCGAAAUGAUGGCCUUCCAGAACACAAUAUGUGGCUAUUAAAGGAGUUCCAGAGAUAUUUGAGAUCAAUUGGAAAGCAGAAUGAAUGGCCAAACAAGAUUUAUCCACAAAUUAAGAAGAAUUUAUUAGCAAUAGUUUUGGCGAGUUUAGAAGACACUGAUUUAGAAGAAAACACGUUUGAACUUAAUGGAGCUGAUUUAAUGAUCGGAAAUGAUUUUCAACCUAUUUUAUUGGAGAUUAAUGGAAAUCCAGAUUUGUCUUAUACAACAAAGACAACGCGUGAUAUUUGUCCACGUGUUAUGGAAGAUGUAGUUAAAGUGGUAAUAGACUUAGCAAACGAUCCAUUCUCACCAACGGGUGAGUUUGAAUUAAUAUAUGAAUGUCAAAUAGCUCGACUGACUCCACCCCAUACCCAAAAAAUUCAACUUAAUGUCGAUGGAAAGAAAAUAAUGCCACCGCUUCAUGCUCCACGUCAAUUUUUCCCCCUUAAAAAUAUUACAGAACUUGUUAUUCAAGGUGAAAAAAUGUUGAAUCCACUCAAGACUAAAUACUGCCGUCCACAACUGCUCAAAAUUCAUAAUAAAGGAGCCAAUGAAGCUGACGAUGAUGAUGAUGAGGAAGGUUCAAAGCAGAAAAAUUCAAAGAAAAGCAAGAAAUUAUUUAAGCCGACAAAAUUAUACCGUAGUCCACAUAAAUCCCGUAAUAUAUUCCAAAAAGUUGUUGUUAAGCCUUAUUCAAAUGAUUUUGUAAGUUAUGUUAAAAAGCUUCCCACAAUAUUACAAUCAACCAAUCGAAGAUUUAUAAACUUAAAUGAUUUAAUGAGAUACUUAAAAGUAGAAUAAUUAUAAUAACAAAUAUUACAUCCUGUGAUAUUGUUAAGGCACUGCCGCGAUGUUAGCUCAUUAUAAUUAUUGAGAAAUAAAAUAAAUAAAUGCAAU